GUCGACGUUCCUGGUCCACCUGACUCCGCUGGAACAAUCAGAGAAGAACACUUUCAGAAGAGGAUAAAAUGGAGGGUGUUGUUGCCACCAGAGGUCGAAGUGGGGUCGCUGUCUCGGCAGAGGGGGAGGUGAGCGUCAACAGAGAGGUUACCAUGACGGCACUGGCACGUGAUGAAGAAGGAAAUGUGGCUUUGAAAGUGAUUCCGGCGCGUACUCGGCAGGUGGUCGGUCAAGUCUCUGGAAUAUCUGCAAUCACAGGGAGUGUGGAGCAGUCUACACCACCGACUCACCAUUCUGUCACCAUACCUCACCAGGAUGAUAAAACCCGCGCUUCCACGAAGGCGUGUGUCGGCAUCAUUUCCAUUAUCUUUGGUACGCUUUCUGUGGCCAUGAUAGUCUUUGGCAUCCGUGACUACGACUUGUGCCCAGGCCACACCCGAAUCGCCAUCUACAUGAUAGUCCAGGGAGCCACCUCUGUCGUCAUCCCCAUCCUGGCAUCCUGCUGGUACUGCUGCAAGUGUUUUUCAGGAAACUUCAUAGGCGCUAUCUGUGUCAUCAUUGGAUUGUUUAACAUCGGAUGGGGAAUCGUAGGUUACGUGUAGCUGGCCGACUCUCCGUGCAAGGAUACGCUUCUGUACACCCACGCCCUCGGCUUCUCUGUGCCCAUGUGGUUCUUCUUUUGCCUCGUUCCCCUGGUGUUUUGUCGGUCACGUGAAAGCCUGGUACGAGGACGACGAGUUGGACAGUGGUUCCAUCAUGGAUGAACUAGGUCACUCUAACUGCCCUAUAGUCGUCGGGCUGAUCUAAAGACAUUUCAGUUUCAUAUAUUUUGUUGUUACUUACGUUUCUCAACGAUCAAGUUGUCCAAAGUCGUGGUGCAUUGGCUUAAUUGUACAUAUUCCUGAGAAAAGGGUACUACGUUAGCCAACAAUUACAGAGGUACACCAAGUAGAUGUUUGAUUGGCAUGUUUAGAAGAUGUUAUUUGAUGAACAUAGAGAAUUUUCUGGGUUUCAUCUUCUUUUUAUUCUUGAGUACAACGUUUGGGUCCCAACAGUUACUGUUCAGUUUUACCUGAUGAUGGGACCAGAACAAGCCCUGAAACGUUGUACUCAAGAAUAAAAAGAAGAAGAAACACAGAAUAUUUAUCAACUUUUUCAUACUAUCAAGCAUGCAUUCGUAAAAGUUACGCUACUUUUGGAAAUGUUUCAAAUUACUUACAGCAUCAUCUACAGCAUUUUCUGUCCAGUGUGAUAGAUUCUAGAGCAAAGCUUGUGUUGUGUUGUGUUACAGUGAUGACUUGUUUUAUUGCCCCUUAUGUUUAUUUCUGAUAAAAAGUUUGGAAUAAAGAAUGUACUUUUUA